AUGGCCAAGCGCUUCUAUGCUGUGGCCCAACCAACGACGCCGCACCCCAAGCCAAGCGCUGUUGCUUCCGGCCAGGGCCCCAGGCACCCCAGCCCGUCCGGCCCUAUGCCCACAGGGCACCUGGGCUUCGCCGCAAGCGGCGCGCUGCACCGCUUGCCUGGGGCGAUCGACUUUGGCACGGUGCCUUCUGAUGUGGCGACGGCAGUGAGCACCCCCAUGUACGAUGAAGCGUUCCUGACCUCGGUGCAGCCGACGCACCUGGCACCUGAGAGGGGGUACCAGAAGGUCGGGUUCAAGGCCAUCAGCAUGGUCCGCGCCGUGUUUGACCGCGUGACCGGGUACAACACCGAGACCAUGACGGAGGCGCAGUGGCUGCGCCGCAUGAUCUUCCUGGAGACCGUCGCAGGCGUGCCCGGGAUGGUGGCCGGGAUGCUGCGCCACCUGAAGAGCCUGCGGCGCAUGGAGCGCGACAACGGCUGGAUCAACACGCUGCUGCAGGAGGCAGAGAACGAGCGCAUGCACCUGGUACGUGGGCGGGCGCAUACACAGCUAGCCGCGUGA